AUGCAAUGGCCCUUAAAUCUGACCUAGAAGAAAUGUCAAAGUUUUUGAAAACAAUUGGCGGUGGUGUUGUUGAUGCUAAUCAAAAUAUUAACAAUGUUCUGAAAGAGGUAUUAAUUAUUAAAAAUCAAUUGAGAUGCCAAAAUUCUAUUACUAAAAACAUCAGAGCAACAGAAAUAGAGCUGAGAGAAUUAAACGAUCCUCAGAUUGGAAAUUCUACUGACACACAAGGCAACAAAGAAUCACCUCUCAUUAAGAAACUGCUAAAUGGAGCUAUUGAAGUCACCUGCAAACGUACAAAAAUUAUAGAUGAUGAUACAUCUGAAA